AUGCCAAACGACAACCCCUCAAACGACAAACCAAAUAAAGGCGACAAGGGCUUGGAAAGGGCCGGUGAUUUCUACGACAGAGUCGAUGGCAGAGGUGGAAAUACAGGGGGCAGAGCAAACCACAACCACAUCUAUAACACGAAAGAGACCAGUUUCCAGGAAAGGCUGAGGAUCAUCAAGGGAACUUUGCCAUACACGGACAAGGCGGCCGCUCAUCAAGCACUCGGUGAAUUGUUUGGGAUGAAAGAGCCGAUCGAAGAGAUGCGGAAACUGCGGAACGCUUUGGAAGCCCAAAUUGAACAGGAUAUGAAGGACAUGAACGAGUGA